CGUACAGGUGAAUGUGAAUAUACAAAAACUCCUACAAUUGAAGCAGGCAGAUUUUGCUGUUUGACUGUCAGGUAGAAAGCCGGCUACACGAUUUGUCGAACUAGUGUGUUUUUCAAGGCUCCAAACAAAUAGCGGCUUGCACAUGUUUAAACACCUCUAAAUAACACACUGGAAUAUGAUUAAGAGCUUAAAAUCGCCUACAAGAGCAACGUGGCUAGCUAGCAAAGCAAGUAAAGUGAGGCAGUUGGAAAGCCGUGUUAUGUUGCCCUUGCUGGUUAGAGUGAAUAACAAAGUUAAACAAAAGUGGUUCGUUCAUAAACCAAGAAUAUAUGGUUUUAAAAAGUGUACCGAAAGUAUUGCAUGGGUGCUGAAGCCAAACCUCACCUCUUCAGUGGACGCCUAAUCCUGUGUUUCCAGAUCACUUUCUCUCAACAAAAGAUGAAGGCAGCAGGUGAGAUGAUCCAGUCUGCUGUGAUGUACGAGGUAACUCCUGGAAAAGGACGCUCCACAGUUUUACCGCUGUAUUCAUUCAGCAAACUGAGUCCGGCUUCCUGCAGCAGUAUGUCUCGGCCAGUGUCGUCACCUGGCUGAGCACUGAGGAAACUUCCCACUGCCCAGUCCAUUUUUGCAUACCUGGAGACCUGUGGACUGUCAGAGUUGGCCAAACGUGCCAGUUCUGUAUGUCAACAGGAACCAGUCAGACAGCAACGUUUCUGCAAGUCCUGCAGGUCCUUGUUGGUGUGUUGUGGGCAUGCUUUCUCCUAUUCCCCUGCAAAGGUGAGAUGACGGGGCCUGCUGAUCCAUCACCCGAGACCAAAGAAACUUGCAGAGGCUACGGGAGACUGAUCACUAAAGAUCAAAACAAAAGAGAGCCAGCCAUCAACACUCUUUGGACAACACAUAUGAACUUCAUCUCAACGGACCUUAAUACAGGUGUAUGACCAGGAUGGUUUUAUUCUGGUCCCUGUCUCAAAGGCCUCCGUCUCAUCCCAAGCAUUGCUCUUUGGAUUACUCCACCACUGGUGCAUUAAACACCACCACCACCAUGGGGUAUAAGUGUUGUGGAGGCAUGGACUGUAACUGCGUCAGUGAUCUGCUAAUGCCCCCGGUGCCCGCUCUCUGGACGCCAGGGUUCGCCUUCCCGGACUGGGCCUACAAGCCCGAGUCGAGCCCCGGGUCCAGGCAGAUCCAGCUGUGGCACUUCAUCCUGGAGCUGCUGCAGAAGGAGGAGUAUAAUGGGGUGAUCGCCUGGCAGGGGGACUACGGAGAGUUUGUCAUUAAGGAUCCGGAUGAGGUGGCGCGGCUGUGGGGGAUUAGGAAGUGCAAACCUCACAUGAACUAUGACAAGCUGAGCCGAGCACUGAGGUAUUACUACAACAAGCGCAUUUUGCACAAAACCAAAGGGAAGCGGUUCACCUACAAAUUUAACUUCAGUAAGGUGGUGUUGGUGAACUACCCCAUCCUGGACAUGGCAAACUCUCCCUUCUUUCUGGCCCAGAAUCACUUCAACGGGAGCUCCACUGCACCCGACUGCACCCCUGAGGCUAUACAGUCCCUGUUUCCUCGUUUGCCAGACUCAGGCAGGGGGACGUCUCUGUUUGAUCGAGGGACCGCAGCGCCAGGGCCAGAAGGAGACAAGCUGAGACUGGACACAUUCCCCUUCCUCAGUUCAGGUGCCCCAUGCUACUCCAAACCCCCAUCCUUGCUGGGCCCGUACCCGCGCAACCCACCCUUCGACUACCCCUGGGGCUUCAACCCCUACCUCCCAGGGGCCUUCUCUCUCAAUAACUGCCCCAAACUGCCCCCUGGCUCGCUUUACCCCUCCCAGUUUUACCCCAACCCUUUGCAGAGCAGCCUUUCCCAGCUGCCUCACCCCUUCUCCUCCCUUCUCCCUCCAGGGGAGGCAGGUGGGGGUGAGAGGGGGGCAGCGGGGCAAACUGGAGGCACAAACGGCACGGCGGGUGGUCAACCAGUCAGACUGUGCCUGCCACCCUACCCAGGCCUGUCGCUGGGUCGGACAGACAUUGGGGCAUCAUUGGGGGAAAGGGAGAGAGUGGAGGCAAAUCCUCCAGGCUCGGUUUUGGGUCUGGGUCUGGGUCUUGGUCUGGGUUUGGGAGCAGUCGGACUGGGAGCCGGGACUGUGACCGGCCAGCAGAGCCCCACGGAAAGGAGAGGAGGAGGGCUGAAGCAAGAUCCAGAGUCAGACUCAGACCUUGAGAUCACAGAUCUGAGCGACUGCAGCUCGGACAACGAGAACGAGCACGAGUUUGGCAUCAGGAAGGAAUCCAGCCUGGCGAGCCGAUCACAAAUACUGCUGGAUGGGAAGAAAGGGAGCGUGCUGCCACCCAUCUCCUCUCUUCCUCCGCCUGUGUCCCCACAUCCUCUGAAGAGCAUGAUGCCCCUCUCUCCUCAACCCCCCUCCCUGCCUCCGUCGCUCUCCCCCUCCAUUGCUCUGCAUGACAAACACAGGGAGACAGAGACUCUCAAAAUGAUCCACAGCUAAUACUUUCUCUCCUGCGUCCACCAUCUUGCCAGUCUGAGCUCUGAUAACUCUCUUUUUCUCUCCUUUCUUUUCUUGAAGACACUUUCCUGCUUUAAAAUGUCAACUCUUGAUGGACACUUUUUCCAGGGGAGGCAGUUAUGUUCUUACCUCUAGAAUUACUGUUUCCUUGUUUGCUGUGUAUGUUUUUAACUCGCCCUGUAGUCCAUUACACCGCAGACGUGUCUGUCAUAAGUGUACAUUUUUUGAGGGUGUAGGCUGUCCAUAUCACCAUCUUGUCCUUUCUGUUUCGAUCUCUCACACCAAAUGAUCGCUCCACGCUUUGUAGACUUGUUAAACGCGUUGCCAGCAGGACUUUACAAUUUGCUGUCUGCUGUCGGCCGAGCUAUGAUGGAAGGCAGCGAGGUGGUAAAUUACAGCACAGCAACGCUUGCACUGACAAACAUUAACAAACAACAUCCCUAUACUAACAGAACAGAACAACAAAUAAUGCUCUGAUCGAUCCAAUUUUACACAUUUGUGCUGUAAUUCUUGAGAUUUGGACCAUAUAUAUAUAAUCACUAUGAGUUCUGGGACAUAGUCAUAUACUGCCACCUAGUGGUCUUUUCAGUCAGUGUCUCCUCAUGAAAUCAUCUCAUCUGCCGUUAUCUUGAGACGAACGUUGUUGCAACUAAGUUUGUUUUGCACUUCCUUUGACUGAUAUUUUUUGAGGGUUAAUUUCGAUGUUAAAUUCCUUAUUUUGAAUAGUGAUGCCUGUGAUAGUGUGUGAAUAUUUAUUAUUUUGUCCUGUGGUUCAAGUAUUUCCUGCACAUUUCCUUAAAAAAAGGGGAAAGAAAAAGAGAGCCAAGGAAGCUGGACCAAUCUAGAAAUUUGUAUGAAUAUUUCUGUGUAUAUAUUUUAUUAUUGUGUACAUUACAUUUAAUUAUUAUUCAAUAUGAUAAGAUUUAGCUGUAUUGUUGUGAUUUAAUUCAGUAUUUAAACAUGUUGGAUAAAUUAUAAGCUUAGGUGUAUCAAAGUUUAAAUUAUUAAUGGCAGAAGAUCUGCACUCUGAAGAUGUUUUUCUAUGAUGAGGACAGAGUUCACAGUGGGAAUCGUCUCUACCCCAAUUAAUUGUGCCCUUUGGUCAUUUUUUGCCAGAUGCCCAUCGUACAAACCCUUUGGGUUCAAAAAUAUGCUGGUAGACUUAUUUUUAUAGUUAGCAUUCACCAAGUGUAACUGUAAUGUAAUUAGUCUAAUGUGAAUAAUAUUGGUCUUUGCGUUCUCUUUUUUAAAUUCUCCCCUCUAAAUCUGUUUUUGAUUAUUUUUCAAUCAGUGCUUUUUGUCCACACCACUAGCAGAGCAAUUUGUUUUGCUCAAGGACACGCCAGUGUUGGAAAAAUGAUUCAAAAGCGGUUUAUUUCUGCUCUAACAGAUCUAAUGAAACCACAUCCUUUCAGCACAGAGUGAACACUAAACCAUGUUGUACAGCUUCAUAGCCUUUAUAUCCGAUGGUUUGUCAAACAGUGGCGGUAUACGACUCGUUGUGAAAGCUCUAUUGUAAAGUUAAUGUAAAGCUCUAUGUUCGUUGAGUUGCUACAGGAAAAAGGCCUCCAGUCACCUCCAUGUGGAGUUCACCAAACUAACAGCUGUAAAUACUGUUUCCUCUGUGUGUAUAUGUGUGUGUACACAUCCAAAAACGACAAUGCAGUGCUUUUACCUGUCAUCUUUUUGUUUUACUGUAAAGAGGAAAAAUGGAGAGUGGCAAAAAAGAAGAAAAAGAUUAAUAUCUUCAAAGCAAUAAACAUUAUUCUGGAUAGUG